GCUUGGAUGGAUUGAUCGAUGAUUGAUAGCUAGAGCGGCAAUGGCGGGAUCGGCAUCCAUCACCACGGUUCUCCAGUCACAUUUUUCUCUCACUGGUGAGUGCCACUCCGAUCGAGCGAGGAUUUCUUCCUCGCAAUCGAGACUUCUCCGCCGCACUGGGUCGAGAUUUUCCUCCAGUUCCUCGCUCCUAGGGCCGGAUUACGAAGAGCUAUCGCGCUGGAAGUCAUGGCGCCGCAGGGAGAAGAGUAGAAUCUCUAGGCACAGGGCACGCGCAGCGCUACAACAGGAUCGAGAUAGAGCCGACGAUGAGAUUGGCAGCAAGAAGAAGAGGCUCGCGGAGUCACUGCUUCUUCGGCCGGUUGGAUUCCUUCUACAGGGUCUCUGUGCUGCUGCUGCCGCUCUGGUCACCGUGGAAGCGUUUCGAGCCAUCGGGAAAUUCCAGAGGUCGAUGCCAGGGGCGAAGAAGAAGAAGGCGCAGCGAUUCAUGACCCCGGAGGAGAGGAAAGCUUGGACGUCUGGAUUGCCACAGGUAGAAGAACAUAUCGCUUACGACGAUAUCAUACGCUCGGCCAGGCUCGGCAAUGUCAAGCACAUCAUCCGCCAUCCCGGGACGAAGCUCAGAGAAGUACCGGCGGAGGUUUUCGUGGUCAUGGACGAUGAUCGCGUUGUAAGAACGGUUGUUCCCGACGCUGGGAGCGCUGGGGAGUUUUUCAAGUCGUGGGACGAGCUCAAGCUAGACAAGGUUGUGACGGAGGCUUACACUCCUCCGCCGCCGCCGCUCGAGAUUCCACCUUGGGCGAUGAGAGGUCCGUCGCUCGUGUUUUUGAAGAAGGUGGAAGACUUUAUCAAGAAGCCUAGGGAGAGACAAGCUCAGCGGCCACAGCAAGAUGCUUACACGAUCUUCCAGUCCGCUGCCGCUGCAAGGCUCGAGGAGCUUGAGCGGCAGAAGCUGCGAAGGAAACGAGAGCAGAUGUUUCGGAAGCAGGAGGAAGCGAGGAAGGAAGCAGCCAAGGAGCAGAAGUUUUUUCUGGAUCAGCAAAUGAAGAUGAAGGAGGACUCCAAGGCAAGCCGCGCCUUGCAGAGGGAGAGGCGAGACGAGUGGAACUAUUUCUGGGCGACUGCUGCUAACAAUGAGAGCGUGCGAUUCACUCUGGGGAUUUUUUUCUUCUGGCUCUUCUACGUGACUGUGGUGGUUGGCAUCAAGAAACGGAAGCAGGACUACGAGGACCGCAUUAAAAUCAGAAAAGCGGAGGAGGCCGAGCGAAGGGAGAUGAAACAGGUGGAGAUGGCGAUGGAGAAGGCUUCUCGCUCCGGGGGAACGGAGAUGGAAACCGAUGAGGAGAACGCUGACGCGUUCAAGAUGGGAAUGCGCUUUAUGAGAUCUGGCGCCAAAAUGCGGCAGGGUCGUGCACUUCGCUCGGGAAAGUACAUGGACCCCGAGGCAGAUGUCAAGUUUUCUGACGUUGCUGGUCUUGGAAACAUCCGGGUGGAGCUUGAGGAAAUUGUUGAUUUCUUCACUCAUGCAGAGAAGUUCCGGAGACGAGGCUCCAGAAUUCCGACUGGCAUACUACUAUGUGGUGAGCCUGGAGUGGGAAAGACUUUACUAGCCAAAGCAGUUGCUGGUGAAGCUGGCGUAAAUUUUUUUGCCAUUUCUGCAUCUCAGUUUGUGGAGAUCUAUGUUGGUGUUGGUGCGUCGAGAGUACGAUCUCUCUACAGCGAAGCAAAUCAGAAUGCCCCGGCAGUGGUUUUUAUCGAUGAACUUGAUGCUGUUGGAAGGACGCGAGGUCUCACAGCGGGAUCUGGAGGUCAAGAGCGCGACUCUACUCUCAAUCAGCUCCUUACAUGUUUGGAUGGCUUUGAGGGUAAAGGACAGGUCAUCACUAUCGCAGCAACCAACAGGCCUGAUAUUCUUGAUCCUGCUCUUGUACGACCUGGUCGUUUUGAUCGCAAAAUAUACAUUCCUAAGCCAAGCUUGCAAGGGCGCAUUGAAAUACUACAGGUUCAUGCAAAAUCAAAACCAAUGGGUGAAGGCAUUGAUUAUCGCGCGGUCGGUCAAAUCACUGCUGGCAUGGCUGGUGCUCAACUUGCGCAUAUCGUUGAUGUUGCUGCAUUGGCAGCUCUUCGAGAUGGUCGCACAGAGGUCACAACGGAUGACUUGCUGGAGGCUGCACAAAAUGAAGAGGGAGGACAACCUGAUCUACACAUACGCAGCGACAGAGUGAGGCGUAUCCUUGCACUACAGGAAGCAUCAAUGGCUGCUAUGGCUGCGAAUUGUCCCGAUAUGGAAGACAUACAACUGAUGUCCAUCGUACCGAGAAUGGGUGAAGAGAAGGGCUUUGUACGUUUUAAAGCGGAUCCGUUGAAGUUUGGAUACUUGGAAUCGAUCAGUCGCCAGGGAUUCCUUGACCACAUAACCGUCCAACUUGCUCCCCGUGCAGCAGACGAGUUGUGGAACGGUGCUGAUCAGAUUAGCACGGUUGCGUCUGACAACGUUGAUAUUGCAAGAAAAGCUGCACGAAGUUUUGUUCGUGCCGGACAUUCCGACAGGAAGGAGUUAUAUGGGCUUAACAGUGGCUGUUGGUAUAGACAGCGAAGUAUAUGGGAUGUAGAUGUAGAAGCGCAGAAGAUACUUGAGAGUUGCUAUGCGAGGGCGCUUGAGUAUCUUGAGCGCAAUCGCAGUUUUGUCAACGUUUUGGUGGACCGGCUUUUAGAAAAAGGAAGCAUCUGGCGGCCCGAGUUUUUGCAGCUUGUGGAGCAAUAUGCAGUUCUUGACAAGCGACGAUCAAGCCCACUCGAAGUCCGCAACAUGAACCGGCACGCUUUUGAGCAAGCCAUGAUGCCCAUGAGUAAGACGACAAUUUGACACAACAAUAUUUUUGAUCUUAUACGGCAAGAAAAUCGAUCUUUAUGUUCGGAAGCAACAAGCCCGUGACGGCUGGAAAAAAAGGAGAGACCGAAAAUCCAAAGCAAAUCUGUCAAAAAAAAAGUGCAUGGGAGACGUGUGAAGGACGACGUGGACCAGAAUGGCCGAUGAUGUGGUAGAGGACGUGGCAGAGGACGUGGUGAGAAACCAAUUUGUUUCCAGGGCAGAGUGAAAAAGAAGAAAUGGGAUGGCUGCGACGUUAGCGG